GAUAUUUAUUAAACUAAGAAUCGAAAAAACUCUAGCUUGAAUCCUCUGCCCUUUUGAACCAUGAAGCCUUUCAGAAAGCCACUUCCUUCCCAUCUCCUCCGACUCAACCCCAAAUCCACCUCUACAACUUCCACUUCCUCAAAACAAACAAAACCCAUAUUCAGUUCUUCUUUUCCUGAUCCAAAUCCAUCUAUACUUCCUCAAACCGCGGCAGUUCCUAGGGAAGAUUCAAUUUCGUUGUUAAAGUUGAAUUCAUAUCAUGAACUGCCUAAUACCGUUUUAUGGAAUUCAUCACAUCAAUCAAAAUCCAUCCUUUAUGAUCCAUUCUCACAGAAAAUCAAUAAAACCAGGUCAUUUUCUGUUGCAAGUUCUGUGUCAUUGUCAAAACCCCACAUAAACCAUGAAUUUCAUCAUACCAACUUCUUUAAAUCAAUCAAGCAACACAAAUUUGUAUCCCAAACCAUAUUUUCAGAUCCUUUCCUCUGCAAAUUCCAUCAAGCUAGGACUUUUUCAACUGGAAAUUCAAACCCAGAUCCCGAGCCUAGUCCUGUUUAUGAUACACCAGUGGUCUCCACUGUGGCUUCACCGUUUGAGAACUCUCGACCUAUAGAUGCAGGCUCUUCAAUGAGAAAACCUAUCAGUUUAUGGCCUGGGAUGUAUCAUUCACCUGUAACGAAUGCUCUGUGGGAAGCAAGAUCCAAAAUGUAUGAGAAACCGGCUGACAAGCCUAUUGAUACUGUUUCACAGAGUGAACUGGUUGCAAAAUCUCCUUCCCAGAGUAGGACAAGCAUUCUUUACAAGUUUUCUACGGAUUAUACACUUAGGGAACAGUAUAGGAAUCCAUGGAAUGAAGUUAGGAUGGGGAAAUUGGUUGAGGAUCUUGAUGCUCUUGCAGGAACUGUAUCAUAUAAGCACUGUUCCAGUGAUGAUGGCUCCACAAUGCCUAUAUUAUUAGUCACUGCUUCUGUUGACCGGAUGGUUCUGAACAAACCAAUCCAUGUUGACUCUGAUUUAAAAAUAGUUGGUGCUGUUACAUGGGUAGGAAGGUCAUCCAUGGAGAUUCAGCUGGAGGUGAUUCAGUCCAUAAAAGAUGCCCCAAGUCCGUCAGAAUCAGCUGCUCUUCUAGCAAACUUCACCUUUGUAGCUCGUGACUCCAAGACAGGAAAAGCAGCACCAGUUAACCAGAUCUUGCCUGAAACUGAAGGUGAAAAAUUGCUUUGGAUAGAGGCAGAAGAGAGGAACAAGAUGAGAAAACAGAAGAGAGCACAACAUAAAGGAGAUGCUCAAGACAAGGAUGUAGACAGGCUCAAUGCAUUGUUGGCAGAAGGACGGAUUUUCUGUGACAUGCCAGCAUUGGCAGACAGAGACAGUAUUCUUAUAAAGGAUACCUAUCACGAGAAUUCUUUGAUUUGUCAGCCUCAGCAAAGGAACAUUCAUGGUCGUAUUUUUGGAGGAUUUUUGAUUCGGAAAGCAUUUGAAUUGGCCUUUUCAAAUGCUUAUGCCUUUGCUGGUGCAGCACCUCAAUUUUUAGAAGUUGAUCAUGUUGACUUCUUAAAACCUGUUGAUGUUGGCAAUUUCCUACGUCUCAAAUCUUGUGUUCUUUAUACACAACUUGAGGACACAGCUAAGCCUUUGAUAAAUGUGGAAGUCAUAGCUCAUGUAACAAGGCCAGAGCUAAGGUCCAGUGAGGUAUCAAAUAAAUUCUACUUCACAUUUACUAUCCGUCCUGAGGCAAUGAAAGAUGGAUUGAGGCUGCGAAACGUUGUUCCAGCUACAGAAGAGGAAGCACGGAGAGUGCUAGAACGUAUGGAUGCUGAGGAAAAAUCAUGAACAGAAGAUCUCUUUCUGGCCAAUGAUAAGUGUUAGUACAAACAUCCUGAAGGUAUUUGCAUACUGAGAAUUCUAGAACUUUUCUUGAUCCAAUUUUUGACAUCCUGAGGUUAUUUGUAUUACAAAAUCUGUGACAAAUGUCUUGAUCCUUGGUGUUGGAAGUUCGUAAGUGGAUUGCUAGAAAGAAC